AUGGCGGAGGAGUAUGAAAAGUACAAGCGGUUUGAGUACCGCAUGAAUUCCAACCUGGUCCUCCAGAGGGAGGGCCCCAUUCCUAAUUUCAAUGAGCCUACGGGUGAGAGCGAAAGUCUGGUAGGGAAAUUGAAGCAUAAGAUGGGCGACAAGGUAGAGUACACGAAGCCUACUAGCCAAGGUAGGAGAACAGAUGAAGGAUAUAGGAGAAGCAACAAGAGGAAGGAAUUUAUCUUCGAUGAAAGCAGGAAGAAAGUUAAAAGAGGAUCCAGUACGAGCGUUAAAGAUAGAAGUGUAUUGAACAUUAACCUGCAGGAUAUAUUUAUGUAUAAGCCAAGCACCAAGUACACGGAGAAAAUAUUCUCCAAUGUAAUGGGGAUGGUUAGAGGCAUCAUUGGAGACCACACCGGUGACAUCAUUAACAGUGCAUGUAACGAAGUACUUCAUAUUCUGAAGAACGAUAAGUUAAGCAAUGAGGAGAAGAAGAAACAAGUGGAAGAUGCUCUUGAGGUGUCGUCCAUGACAGAUGAACAAUUUAUUGAACUGAACAAUUAUGCUAGGGAAAUUUACGAUUUUAACAGGGAGGAAGUUUUUGAGGAGGUGGACGAGGAGGAGGGAGUCGCCGUGGUGUUUGAGGAAGAUGAUGAGUAUUUAGACUAUCGGAGUAGCACGAAGGGUCGAGACGGGAGCAGGAGCCAAGAAGACAUGGCCACCACGAACGAGUUGACCGAUGACGAAGACGAUGAUGAUGACGACAACGACGAAGAAGAUGAUGGUAGUGACGAUGAUAAUGAUGAUGACGAUGCAGAUCGUCAUGAUAGUGAUAAUGAUGGAGAUGACGACCAGGACGACCAAUCUGUGGAGGAAAAUAAUCUUGGAGAGGAAGACGACGGAAACGACGACGAAGAGGGGGAAGGAGAGACGAGAAAAAAGAACACGAAAUUGGAAAAGAAAAGUAGCGGGGGGAAAAGCUCCAAAGGAGGCAUGAUUAUGAGGACAGGUUCUAUCCCUAUGAAGAAAAAAACUGAAAAACAAGAGAAGCAUUUAAGCUUGAAAGGUAUUAAAAAAGACAGAGAUGGAAAGAGAAAGGAAGGAGAGGAUUACGAUUUGGAAACGAAUUCAAUUGACGCACACUGGUUGCAAAGGGAAUUAAACAAAGUUUUUAGCGAUCCAUCCUUGUGUCUAGAGAAAGAGAAAGAAGUGCUAGAUGUGUUAGGUAUCUAUGAUAUACAAGAAUGUGAAAACAAGCUAGUACACAUUCUCAAGUACGAAAAUUUUUGCAUGGCAAAAUUGUUGAUUAAGAAUAGAUGGAAGGUUUAUUACUGUACGUUGCUUGGGCAAGCCCAGACGGAGAAGGAGAAGAAGGGGAUCAUGGAAGAAAUGAGGAAGAGCGAAGAGGGGGAAGAGAUUUUAGAGGAGCUUUCUAAUUUUAAGGCAAUGAAGAGGAACAAACAGAGCGAAUUCGCCAAGACGAUGCGGAGGGAGGCGGAUAAUUUGUUCAGGAAGCGUAGGUACGGGGGGGAGGAGGCUACGGAGGAGAGUCUCCGGGGAGAUCGUUUCAUUCGCGAGGAAGACGAUGAUGAUGAUCAGGAUGAUGAUGAGGAGGAGGAUGAAGACAACGGUGAUGAUAGUAAUGAUGAAGAGGAUGAUGCCCCUGCGAAGAACGCAAAGUCAGGUACGAAGCAAUCUGUACAAACGAAGAAACUAAGCGUGAGGAUGGGCAAGAAGAAGGAAAGGAAGGACAGUGCGGGCGAGCGGCACGACGCCGAAGACGAUGAAGACGAAGAAGAAGUGGAACAAUUCAGAGCUAAGUUUGUCGACCUAGAGAAGAUGGAAGUAAAACAAAAGGGAACGAAUUUUUUUAACAGAGAAGUUGUAUUACCAGUAGACAGCUCCAGAGUGGAGAGGAAAGAGUACGAUGAGAUUAUAAUUUCCAGUUCGAGGAGUAAGAAUAGUAGUUUGAAGGGAUCGAUGGACAAUGAGAAGUCUAGGGGGAAGGAGAAUUACUUCACGAACCCAGAUGAUAUAAAGCUCGUUAGCGUAUCAGAACUACCCGAGUGGGCACAGGAAGUUUUCACAUGCGUAGGGAUUAGCAAACUGAACGCUAUACAGUCAAAGGUACAUGAAGUAGCUCUCCACAUGUAUGAGAAGAAUAUGCUUAUAUGCGCUCCUACGGGUUCGGGAAAAACGAACAUUGCCUUGUUGUGUAUGCUUAAUGUGAUAGGAACAUAUAGAUUACGUAGUGGGAAUAUCGACAAAAAUAAUUUUAAGAUUAUAUAUAUAUCCCCUAUGAAGGCGUUGGUGAAUGAGCAGGUGCAAUCGUUUUCUCUUCGACUGAAAUGCCUAAAUAUGAAGGUGAGUGAAUUAACAGGGGAUGUGAAUUUAAGCAGUAAGGAGAUUGAGGAGAGUCAAGUUAUCGUGAUGACCCCAGAGAAGUUCGAAGUGAUAAGUCGGAAGUGGAAUGAGAAGAUUCUUUUGCAAAAGAUAAAGCUCAUCAUCUUCGAUGAAAUUCAUCUGCUAAAUGAGAUCCGUGGAAAUGUUCUCGAAAGUAUCAUCAGUCGGAUCAAUCGGUACGUGGACAACACGUUGGUCUACGAUGGUGGUGUUGCGCAUGGGGUGCAGAACGAAGUAAAUGGCGAUCAACAGAACGACCUAAACAUGCGAAGGAAGAAGAUUCGUUUGGUGGGUCUGUCGGCUACGUUACCGAAUUACGAAGAUGUGGGUAUGUUCCUGCGUGCGGAUUUGCGAAGUGGUGUGUUCUACUUCGACUACUCCUUUAGACCAGUCCAGUUGGAGCAACAUUACAUUGGUAUCAAGGAGAAGAAAGGAAUUAAAAAGUAUGCCCUGAUGAAUCAAGUCACCUAUGAAAAGGUUCUAGAAGAGGCCGGAAAAAAUCAGAUCCUAAUUUUUGUGCAUAGCAGAAAGGAAACGUACCGAACGGCCAAGAUGCUGAUAGAGAAAUUUUUGAAAAGUGAUAAUCUGAACAAGUUCCUUAUGGGAAAAAAAGUAUCCAGUGAAAUAUUGUUAUCGGAAAAGGAGGCUAUAGUGAAUGAAGAAUUGAAGGAAAUUCUACCCUUCGGGUUUGGUAUUCAUCACGCAGGGAUGAAGAGAACAGAUAGGAAGUUAGUGGAAGAUUUAUUUUCCGAUAGACAUUUACAGGUUCUGGUAUCAACGAGUACCCUCGCUUGGGGAGUAAACCUUCCUGCACAUACAGUUAUCAUUAAAGGUACUAGUGUGUAUAAUAUAAGUGUGGGAGAUUUUGAUGAAUUGUCUCCAAUGGAUAUCCUCCAAAUGGUAGGUAGAUCAGGAAGACCGCAAUACGAUAAAAGUGGAAAGGCAAUUAUCAUAACAGAGCACAAAAAUUUGCAACUUUACUUAUCCUUGAAUAAUGAACAGCUGUCUAUCGAAUCGACGUUAAUGAAAAACAUAGUGAAUGUUAUAAAUUCGGAGAUCGUUUUAAAAAACAUACAAAACAUUAAGGAAGGAGUGAACUGGUUCCGUUAUACUUAUCUGUACAUACGUAUGAUGAAAAAUCCAGAAUUGUAUGGAAUAUUCGGGAAGAAUGAGAAAAUGGAAUCCAUAUAUUUUGAACAAGGUAAAGAAAAUAAUAUAUCUGACUUGUUCAUGGAAAAAUUAAAUAAAAAAAUUUACAACAUAAUUUACUCUGCUUUUAUAACCUUGGAGAAAUACGAUCUGGUGAAAUAUAAUAAGAAGCUGAACACUGUGAGUAGUACAUAUAUAGGAAGGAUCAGUAGCUACUAUUAUGUGGAUUACCGAUCUAUUGAUCUCUACAGUAAGAAGCUCAACAAGCAUACUAAUGAGACGGAGUUGUUAAAAAUUUUCGGAAUGAGUGAUGAAUUUAAGCACAUCUUUGUAAGAGAAGAAGAGAAACUUGAAUUGUCUGUAAUAAUGGAGAAGCUACCUAUCCCAUUGAAGGAGUCAAUAAGUAUUCCGCACACAAAAAUUAAUAUUCUAUUACAGUUGUACCUAUCCAAUGUAACCCUAAAUGGAUAUGUUAUUAACGCAGACUUGAUAUACAUACAACAAAACGCCUUAAGAAUUUUCAGAGCUUUUUUUGAAAUUUCGUUGAAAAAGAAUUCCUACCAUUUAAGUGCGCUGACAUUGAAAUUUUGCAAAAUGGUAGAGAGAAAAAUGUGGGGUACCAUGUCUCCUUUGAGGCAGUUUGGUCUCCUUAGCAAUGAGCUUAUAAGAAUUAUAGAGAAAAAAAAUAUUACGUUCAGGAAUUACCUAAACAUGAGUCUCAAUGAGUACAUAACAAUUUUUAAAAAUAAAAAAAUUGCAAAGAACGUAUACAAAUUGGUUCAUCAUUUUCCGAAAAUUGAAUUGAAUGCAUAUAUACAGCCGAUUAACCAUAGAAUGUUGAAGGUUGAAUUGAAUGUCACUCCUGAUUUUAUAUACAAUCCAAAGUAUCAUGGUAAUUUUAUGUUGUUUUGGGUUUUUGUCUUCGACAUUUCCAGCGAGAGUAUGUUACAUUACGACUUAUUUAGUUUGAAGCGGGGUGGAGUUGCGAAUUCGGCAAAUAUAAAUGCUUUCAAUGAAACUUCACAGUUGUAUAAAGAGGGGGAGCAGUCAGGCGAUACACUGGAUGAUCAUUUGCUAACCUUCUUCGUACCGAUAAAUGAGAAUCCAUUUUAUAUCGUAAAGGUGGUAUCUGACAAAUGGUUAGAAUGUGAGAGUACAAUAAAUUUGUACUUGAAGGAUAUAAUCUUGCCCUCCAAGGUUUCCUUCUCUACACCACUCCUCGAUUUGCAAGCAUUGCCAGUUAACACCCUCAAGUUUGAAGAGGCGAAGAAAUUUUUCCACAGUCGGAAUAUUACACAUUUUAACCCUAUCCACACACAGAUAUUUCCAUCCGUGUAUGAAAUGGGUGGCAAUGUAAUAAUAUGUAGCUCUCCUGGUAGGUACUACCUAACCCCAGCCGAAUUUGCCAUCUUGAAGAUGAUCCGUUCUGUCAUGGAGUUGAAUUCUUUCAUUAGGAGGUAUAUAAAAAAGGAAGAUGAUUUAUACAAAAUUAUUCGCGAUCGAAAUAUUGCUCAUAUAGCUUACAACAACCCUAUGGAGUUUAUCAAAAUUGUCUAUGUAGCCCCUUUGGAAGAAGUCGUAUCGAAAACGUAUGAUAACUGGACCAGCUUUGCAACCUCCUUUGGAAUGAAGAUGGCUAUACUGACAGGCGAUGUACAGGUGGAUACGAAAAUUUUACAAAAGAAUAAUAUAAUUUUGUGCACUCCUGAUAGAUAUAAUAAUUUGUCAAAAAAAUGGAGAAGGAAGAAAAUUUUUCAGUCGAUAAAUUUGUAUGUAUUUGAUCAUAUGGAAUUGUUGGACUUGUCGGAAGGGUCUAUGAUGGAAGUCGUCAUUAGUCGGGUGAGAUACAUAGCGACCCAGUUGGAGUUAGGGAAAUCGCAACGAGGAAGGAAAAGCAACACGAACACAGCUUCUUCAUCUUCGGAGGGGAAAUUGAAAUUGCCUCCGUUCGUUGAACUAAACUUGGGAGAUGAUAGAAUAAGAGAGAAGGGAGGAGGAACAGGAGAUGCAUCUCAUAACCUUAACAAAAUGCAACAUCUCAGUAUGGAUGAUAUUUACGAAAAUAUUGGGGUGAAUAGAAUUGUGUGUUUGUCCAGCUGCUCCAUCAACAACUGCAAGGAUAUAGGGGAAUGGAUUGGAUGUAAGAAGAGCGACUACUACAACUUCUUGUCCAGUGUAAGAAAUGUUCCCAUCGAAAUUUACCUGCACGCUGUGAGCAUCAUGAACAAACAGAAUAGAUACCUGUCCAUGCAGAGGCAGGUAUACCAAACAGUUAGGAAAUUGAAAAAGAAGAAUGCCAUCAUCUUCGUAACGGAGGAUAAAAUGUGUAAAACGUUGGCGCUCGAUUUGGUUCUUUCUGCAUGUAAUGAUGGUUGUAGUUUUUUCUCCAAUUUGGGAGGGUCUACUGGGAAGGAGAAUUUGGAGGAUCAUCUGCAGGAUAGGUUGUUGGUGGAGUUACUGAAACAGGGAGUGGGUUACCUGUACCGAAAUAUGAAUGAGAUGGAGAGAAAGGUUGUGGAGGCUCUCUUUGACAAGAAGGCCAUACAGUUACUCAUCGUGGCACACGACUACGUGUAUAGGUUGAACGUUUAUGGAAAUGUAGUAAUAUUGUUGGACACCAUAAUUACCCAUUUCGAUGGGAAGGAGGAGGAUUAUUCCAUUCAGAGUGUUCUGCAGAUGUUGAGUUAUGCAGGUCGGGAGGGAGAAGACACCAAGUCGUUUGUUUACAUAUAUACGUACAUCACCAAGAAGGAGUAUUACAAGAAUUUCAUUUACGAGCCUCUCACUGUGGAGUCCAACAUGGAGGAUAACCUACCAAACUUUUUAAACAACGAAAUAGUGAUGAAUACAAUUGAAAACUAUCAGGAUGCUAUCGACUGGAUCACAUGGUCUUUCUUCUAUAGAAGGAUUAGGAAGAACCCCAAUUAUUAUGGAUUGAAAGGGGUAUCCAAUGAGCAUAUAUCUGAUUACCUGUCGGAGCUUAUUGAGAGUAACAUUGAGUUGCUCUCCUUUGCUAACUGUGUGUUGGUUGAAGAGGGUGAGGAUUCUAAGCAGGGGAAAAAGGCACGAAAUGAAAUAACUCAUAGUGGAGAAGGAGCUAUCAGUGGUUCUGUCUCCAUUAAGCCAUGCAAUCUGGGUAUCAUUGCUUCGUAUUACAAUAUUGACUACCAUGUAAUCCACUUUUUCAAUCAGUACGUUUUAUCCUUGAAGGGAUUGAAAAAAAACAGAAUAUUGGAAAUUGUAUGUCUUUCCAGUGUUAUGUCUGAGGUGGUAAAAAUGAGCAACUACGAUGUGAUGUUGUGUGUGAAAAUCGCACAGACAUGUAACAUGAAAGUUACUUCUGAGUUUUUAAAGCUUUCCAUAAGUACUGAAUCUAUAACGGGGAAAAAUAGCCUUCUUUCAGGGGAUGAUCCAGAUGGACAAUCAAAUCACCUGAACAAGUCAGGUGAAAAUGAUAAAAAAGAGCAAUACAUAAAUUUAGUGAAUUUUAUUUCCAACCCGAUGUACUUUACGCCCCAUUUGAAAGCACUCAUUAUUCUGCAAGCACACAUUCAUCGGUAUAGUAUUCCGAUAAACUACGUUGAGGAAACUAAAAGGGUUCUCCAGAAAACAUUUAAAUUAAUUAAUGCACUGAUAGAUGUAAUUAGCAGUAACAACAUUUUAAAUUUCUGCCUUUUCGUUAUGGAGAUAUCGCAAAUGUUGACACAGAGCAUGAACAGAACAGAUGAAUCGAACCUGAUGCAGUUACCACACUUUGAUGAAGACUUAAUAAAAAAAGCGAAAGAGUUGGAGAUAGGAGAUGUGUACGAUUUGAUCAAUGCGGAGGAUGAACAGAGAGAGGAACUCCUGAAUGGAUUGAGUGAGAAGGAAAAAAGUGAAAUUGCUAACGUGUGUAACAUUUUCCCUGUUAUUGAGGUGCACUACGAUAUCGACCUAGAGAAAAAAUACAAAGUCAAUGAAAUUGCUACUCUGAAUUUGACGGUAGAACGGGACUUGGUGCAAGACGACCCCGACGCGACUGCCAACUGUUUUGCACACUCACUGUACCUCCCCUUUGAGAAGGAAGAGCUGUGGUGGGUUGUCAUUGGGAUCAAGAAAAUGAACCUACUGCUUUCUAUAAAGAAGCAGUCUCUCGUCAAGGCCGUUAAUAAUUUGAAGGUGAACUUUGAGUUGCCUGACCAACCCGGUCGCUACGAUGUUGUCAUCUACAUUAUAAAUGAUUGCUACGUGGGUUGCGAUCAGGAGUACGAAUUUUCCAUUGACGUGGAGGCGUGA